AAAUAAAAUAAAUCAUCUUUAAUAUUCUUAUUCUCAAUUGUUCUUAACUGUGUGUAAAAGGGUAUCAAAUUCCAAAUUGGAGGCCAUAUAUCCAAGUUUAAUUUUUGCAGGUAUAAAAUGCGACGCUUCGUCCUAUUUCUGCUCCUCUCAAGACGGUAGAAGAGAGAGGAGACAGAGCGAGAGGGGGGGAGAGAGAGAUCGGUGAUGGCGGAUCUUGUGUACCACGCAUUUGCUUUCGUCGCCUUGUUCUCUCACGGCCUUUACCAUCUGAUCUCAGCCACCCGCGCCUACUUCGCCGUCCCGUCGUCCUCCUUCUCCACCUCCGGUCGCGGUGCUGCCGUCGCUGCCGACCAUACCGCCCGCCCCUACUACCCGCUCGCACUCGCCGCCCACCGUCACCACCUACUCCGCCACCUCCCCCUCUACCUCGCCAUCCUCUGCCUCCUCGUCGCCGUCGCGGUCCACGCCUUUUUCUCCUCGCCCGAUGGAGCCCGUGCUGCCGCCCAACGCUUCUCCUACCUCGAGUCGGCCGCCGCCCUCUUCCUCUUUGUCCUCCUCGCCACCUCCAUCUUGAUCCUCCCACUCCCGUCGGACGUCGUCUUCCUCCACGCCGCCCUCGCGUUUGCCCUCCUCUCCGCUGCAUCCGCCCACUCGGCCGCCGCAUACCAGCAAUCCGAACUGCAGUCCAAGUGCGACUCCAUCUCCUCGCUUGUCUCUGCUGCAUCUGCUACCUCCGCGCUCGUUGUGGCCAUUGCUCCGAGGCUCUUCGUUGCGGAGCUCGCCUUGGCAGCCUCCAUUGUCCUCCAAGGUCUCUGGUCAUUCCAGACCGGCAUCUCCCUCUACGUCGACGCCUUUAUUCCCGAGGGUUGCCACCAGAUACUGGGUGUCCGCGACAUCUCCACCAACUGUGAUCUUGACAGUUCCCUCCACCGCGCCGCUGCGCUCCUUGAUCUGGCCUUUGCCCUCCACGCCACCCUCAUUGCCAUUACCACCACGAUCGUGUGUGCUACCUCGACCAGGGCAUACAGUAGCAGUGGGCUCGUCCGAAGGCACAAUGGAGAUUCCUACGAGGCUCUGCCGGCCUCAUUAUCGACCGGAACUCUCUCAGAUAUGGAUCACAUUCAGAUGAAGGCGUUCUCCAAGAGCUCAACGCAGGCCUAAGAUAAGUUCUUCCUUUAUCCCUACUCCUCACUUAGGUUUAAUUCCAAAAGGAUUUACUAAUGAGUUGAACAAAAUUGCUUGAUCCAUUUACAAAAGGGAAAAAAAGAAAACAAUCAGUGUUUGGGGAAGUUUGCUGCAAUUAUACAGGGAUGCAUGAAGACAGAGGAUGUUGUUUUAGGUGUUGAAAUUCUCCAUCAUGAUUGCCUCAAUGUUAUGAUGGGUAGUAUCCAACUGAUCUUGAUGAACUUAUGUGCUUGCUCAAUGAAAAUUCUCCAGGAUAUUUAAUGCUUUUGGAAAAGAUGAGCAUGACGUCGUGGAGAUGCAUGGAGUCGAUGAUAGAGUACAGAGUGUUCAGAAAGAUUGAACAGAGUUGUAUUUAAUAUUUUUCAACCAGCUUGUUUCUUAGUUUAUUUCACAAUGUGUUGUUCUAACUAAUCUCUUUUAUCUGUCAGUAUUUUCCUCAGAAGUCUUGUGCCAUGAGGUGUUUGAACUAAAAUGUAAUAUUACCAUAUAGUCUCUUUCUUAUUCUGUUUUCUCA